AUGGCGGAACCCAUUAUAAUUGCUCCAGCUGGAGACAUCGUUCUCGACAUCAGCCAUGAGGACAACCCUGACCAUUUCCUCUAUCGAGUCCAUUCGCCGACCCUUCAACAGAACUCCCGAUACUUUGAGGCCUUGUUGAGUGAUAGGUUCAGCGAAGGGUCCCGUGUUCUGGCAGAGCUCAAGGGCCUCAAUAUAUCAGAAAAAUACAGGAGCAUUGCGGAAGCUCCACUAGAUGCGCUCCCUGUAGUAGCAAUAUCUGACGUUGGGAAGAUAUCCAAAGUCAACACCAUCAAGAACCUCAUUGGCGAUUUCCUUCGCGGGCUGCAUGGGUUUGAUCUUGCCGUUGCAAGUCCGCCAGUGUCCAACCUAGCCAACCUUGCCGUUGUCGCCGACCGCUUCGAUGCCAUUCCUCACUUUGCCAAGUACAUCGAACGGAAAAAAUACAUACAGACGCUGGAGGCAAAGACAAAGGGGAAAGUAAGCCCAGGCAUAACGGAAGAGCGAAUGAGGCAGAAGCUCUUGAUUGGUGUACUGUUGGACCAUGCCCCAUGGGUGACCAAAUACUCGAAGGCUGUGAUCAUGAGUGACUCGGUUCGAUGGAAGCCACAGGCAGCAGAAGACCCAAGUGCAGCCUUAUGGUGGGAAAUCCCACGUGGCUUAGAAGAUGAGAUGAUCACUCGACGCGAGUACAUUCUCGAAACUAUCAACUCCCUCCAGGCGCACUUUCUCAAGCUGUACACGUCUGGCGAGCGUCAAUGCAAGCUAGGAUAUGAUUCGUCUAUACAGUGUGACUCAUUUCAGCUGGGUGAGAUGGUCCGAUUCUUCAUCAGGCUCGGUACACUUCGUCUCCAAGGAACUAUCUAUGAUUCAGAGGCUCCUCCAUUGUAUGCUGGUGACAUAGAUCGUCUUUUGGAGUCUUUGCGCCAAUGCUCCUCAUACCAGAUUGAUCGAAAUCAUGCGCAUUGCGGACUCCGCAGCCGGCUGCUUCCUCUUCUAGACCACAUCCAAAACCUGCUCUGCCUCGAUGCUGGAAGCAUAGAUGUCGGUAUAUGUGCCCAUUGUUGGAACAUCAACAGGGGGCAGUAUGCCUGGUCCGAAGCUAAGCGGCCCCUGAUAUGGUCUCGAUCUAGGUUGACUUCGGCAACGAAAGGACCAAUCUCUCAAGGCAACCGGAAAGAGCGCAGGAUUUCGCAAAAUAGCUGUUUGAACAGGCAUCUUGUUGUUCGAGAUAUGUUCAUGGCUGUGGAAAGGGAUUGGACUGCGAGCAGUUAUUAAAGAUAGCAAUCACUAGAAAAAGGAGUCUUAGCGUUACCUACAAAGGUACCUCUGAGCACAAAGAAUGCUGCAUUGCUACUCAGUCAACACAUGUCUCAGAGACUCAUCUCGAACUUCUGCCUCGAGUCAGGUUCCAGAACGCAACUCGUUCCGUGAGCAGUGCUCUCGCACGUGCCAUCUGUCCGGAAUUCUCCCAUGGUUGAUAUUGUGGUUCGCACUUGGCAUGACACAGUCGAGCCAUGUGCGUGCUGAGGACUGUACAGCGCUCUAUUUUUCGAAAGGUCGAACGGAGGCUCGAUAGAAUCAUUCAAAGCUACAGUCUUGCAAAAUACUGUAGGGAGCCUUACGCUCUCCCAUAAUCUUCUCUCGCCAUUCUUCCCAGGAUAAUUGCACCUUAAAAUGCCUUAGCAU